UGUGUGUGCCUGUGCGCUCUCUCCGGCCCGGACGCAGAGCUGGAAAUGCUGAGACAGACAGCAGGUUUAUUUUUGGGUCAGUGACAGUGUGUCAAUGGCCGCAGAUGCGUCGGAAAGGAAGGCUCUGAGAUACCAACAGACCCUGUUGUAUGGGGAAUACUGUGAGCACCCGGGUGGGUCUGGCCGGAGAGAGGCCACCCGACUGCUAACAGAGAGACAAUGGAAGAAACACCACCACCUUCACCAUGGCCACCGUCCGCAGCAUCACCAUGGCCACCAUCACCACGGCCACCACCAUGGCCACCCCCACGGUCACACACAUGGACACGGGCACCAUAGCAGGCACAGGGGUCGGCAUCACUCGGACGAGGGGGGACAUGCACAUAUGGCUGCAGAGCAAGGCAACCCUUUGUCUAUAAAGAAACGCCGCUCCUACUCAAAAUGUAGAGACUGUGUAGCGCGGGUACAGAGGUUCCUGGUCACCAAGCUAGGAGAGGACUGGAUCUUUCUGGUGCUGCUGGGCAUCUCAAUGGCGCUGGUCAGCUGGACCAUGGACUACACCAGUGCCAAGAGUCUACAAUUGUAUAAGUGGAUUCACUGGGAGCUGAGGGGUAAUGUCCUGCUCCAGUACCUGGCCUGGGUCAGCUAUCCCAUGGUGCUCAUCAUGUUCGCCUCCUUCUUUUGCCACCUGGUCGCUCCGCAAGCCAUUGGCUCUGGUAUUCCUGAGCUGAAGACCAUUCUCAGAGGGGUAGUGUUGAAGGAGUAUCUGACUUUCAGGGCUUUUACUGCCAAAGUCAUUGGUCUGACUGCAGGUCUGGGCAGUGGGAUGCCAGUGGGGAAAGAGGGCCCAUUUGUUCACAUCGCCAGCAUCUGUGCUGCUGUGCUGAGCAAGUGUAUGACGUUCUUCUCAGGAGUCCAUCAGAGCCCAUACUGCUACACAGACAUCCUCACAGUUGGCUGUGCAGUUGGGGUGGGCUGCUGUUUCGGUACCCCUCUUGGAGGGGUGCUGUUCAGUAUAGAAGUGACGUCCACUUACUUUGCUGUGAGGAACUACUGGAGAGGUUAUUUUGCUGCCACCUUCAGUGCCUUCAUAUUCAGAGUGCUCUCUGUGUUCAACAAAGAUGCAGUCACCAUCACUGCUCUCUUCCGCACCAAGUUCCGCAUGGACUUCCCAUUUGACCUCCAGGAGCUGCCUGCAUUUGCCAUCAUCGGGAUCUCCUGUGGGUUCCUGGGGGCCUUCUUCGUCUGGCUGAACCGCCAGGUGGUGCUGUUCAUGAGGAAACCCAAUGCCAUGACACGCUUCCUCACCAGACACCGACUGAUUUUCCCCGGUGUUGUGACCUUAGUGAUAGCCAGCUUGACCUUUCCCCCUGGAUUUGGACAGUUCAUGGCUGGAGAGCUGAUGCCCAGAGAAUGCAUCAACUCCCUGUUUGACAACUUCACCUGGACCAAAAUCUGGGGCUCCCCCCCUCCCCCCGGCCUGGGGCGCUCCUCAGCCUGGCUGCACCCCGACGUCAGCGUCUUCGUCAUCCUCCUCCUCUUCUUCGUCAUGAAGUUUUGGAUGUCUGCUGUUUCGACGACGAUGCCCAUCCCUUCUGGAGCCUUCAUGCCUGUGUUCAUACUCGGAGCCUCUUUCGGCCGACUGGUGGGGGAGAUCAUGGCUGCCCUCUUCCCCCACGGGAUUCUGUUUGAUGGAAUCUUGUAUCGCAUCAUCCCAGGAGGGUACGCAGUCAUUGGAGCGGCGGCACUGACCGGGGCGGUGACCCACACGGUGUCCACAGCAGUGAUCUGCUUCGAGCUGACGGGCCAGAUCUCCCACAUCCUGCCAAUGAUGGUGGCGGUGAUCCUGGCCAACAUGGUGGCCCAGGGCCUGCAGCCCUCGCUCUAUGACUCCAUCAUCCAGAUCAAGAAACUGCCUUACCUCCCUGAGCUGGGCUUUGGACACAUCAGCCAGUAUAACAUCUUUGUGGAGGACAUCAUGGUUAGGAAAGUGAAGUUUCUCUCGUUACAGUCCACCUGUAGGGAGUUGAUACACCUCCUGGAUUCCACUUCUCUCAAAACGAUACCACUAGUGGAUUCAACAGAUUCUAUGAUCCUAUUGGGCUCCAUCGAGCGGUCAGAGCUCCAUGCUCUCUGUGAUUGGUGGCUCUCUGCAGAGAGGCGGGUCCUCAGGCAGGAACAGUGUUUACAGGAACAGAACCAGUAUGCCAAAGACAGCUGGGAAUCCUUUGCCUUUGUGGAUGAAGAUGAUGAAGAGAGUGGCGAUAAGAGUACCCCAGUUCAGGAAGAGAGAAAUGGCCCCCUGCCAUCUCCUAAACCACAGGAGGCCUCGUCCAAUCACACAGCUCCUGAAAAGGGCCAUCUUCAGUCUGUUAGGAGAACUCUACGGAAUAUCUUCACCUCCCGAGACAGACAGGCAGAGGGACAGUCACAGGAAUCUUGCGCCAACCCUCCCCUGUCUGAUACGAUGACACCAGAAGAGAUCAAAGAAUGGGAGGAGGCCGAGAUGGACAAGCCAAUGGAAAUUGAUCAGAUCCGAAUAGAUCCCUCCCCUUUCCAGCUGGUAGAGAGGACAUCAUUACACAAGACCCACACUCUCUUCUCAUUACUGGGCCUGAGUCAUGCCUAUGUCACCAGUAUCGGAAAACUGGUGGGUGUUGUGGCACUUAAAGAGCUCCAAAAGGCCAUUGAGGGCUCAACCCGUAGCGGGGUCCGGCUACGUCCCCCUCUGGCCAGCUUCCGCAACAUCAGCCGAAAGUCAUCCAAACACCAGGCAACCUCAGCCCCCUCCUCCCCUCUCUCCCCCGCUCCCGUCGUCCCCAGCGCCCCUGCCCCGCCACCUCCCACGACACAGGAGGAGGAGGAGAUGGAGGUGUGGAUCGAGGGCACGAAGCGGGAGGUGGUGGAGGUGAACAGCAGUGGUAGCAGCAGCGGAACGGGCAGCAGCAGCAGUAGCAACAGUAGCCCCUCGCUACCCCACUCCUUGCCCCUCUCCAUCCCCCUCACCUCGCCCCUCUCCAUGCCCCUCACCGUCGCCCUCUCCAUCCCCCUCGCCGCCUUCUCCACCCCCCUCACCACCCUCCGGCCUGUCGCAGAGAAGCAAGUGGAAGAGGAGAGUGAUGAGGAGCCCAUCUAGCCUUAUAGACGAAUGCUGUUUUUUUUAUAACGUUUUUUUUAAUGGUGUGAAUUUCUCUUUUAGUCUUUCUCUAUCCCUCCAUUUUCUCUCUCUCCCUAUUGCUCUUUCCCUCUUUUAACUCUCUCGCUGUUCCCUCUCGCUCCCUCUUUCUUCUCUCGAUGAAUGAUGUCUGUGAAUCCAUGAGGAGAAAUAAUCUGGGCUCGAUAGUAGGACUUUACUUUUUAAGAUUGGUUUUAAACAGGAGACAAUGGCUACCAGUGGUGCUCCAUGAGCAAAACAAUCUACAAGGCCCCAAAACGACCUUUAAUAAACCCAUCCUCAACUUGUGAGGGAGUUUUAUGAUCACCAUGCUGGGUUGAUAGAUGACCGUGUUAAAUCAGACUGAUGACAGCCAACUCAGAUGUAAUGAUGCUAGAGGUUUUUUACUUAAUGAUGCUAUGGCUCCAGCUGAACAACCGCCAUCCCCCUCUGUAAUUUAGAUUACUCGCUCACUUGAUGAUAACACAAAACAAACACAUACUGAGGACAUGAUGAUGAAACUUGGUGACUUUUACGAUGGUGACUUUUCCUACCUCCCAAAAAAAACAGGGUUGUGUCAUUAGGCACCAGAUGUAGGAAAACGGACUGAAACAGGGGGGACUACCUCGACCUUGGCCAAUAAGAAAGGCUCAUUUUCAUUUACGUGGCAAAACAUUGUAAAACGUUACCCUUUGCAUGUCCUAAUAAACAAAACCCUGAUGUUCUUCUGACACCACUGAGCACAGAAGAAAAACUAAACAGAAUGACGCAGCGUUUUAUUUGAAAAGUCGUUGAAUUAUGAAUGAACUUUUCUUUCUUUCCCUUUUUCUUUCUCCCUCUCUAUUUUUCUCUUCUUCAAACAGUUUCUCAGGUUGUUCCCUAUGUCUUUAAACCUGCAGAUGUUGGACAGAUGAAUCUUCCUGUCUGUUAAAUGAAAAUGAUUUUGAUUGUAUUUUGUUAAUCUGUUUUUUAAUGUAUGAAUGUACAGUAUGUAUGUACAGUACGCUAGAAUGUGUGAGCACACGUGUUUACGUUUCUCUGUCUGUCUUUAGUCGUGUAUUUAUUUAUUUAUCUUUUCGUAGAGCCGAUCUUUCUCCGAAUGUAUAAACAAUGAAUAAUGUAGUUAAUAAAGGUGAAUAACUUAUCUGCCAAAUUCUUUAUUGUGAUUAUUCAUGGCAUAUGGAUUUGGAAGAGCAUAAUAACUAAUAUAAAAUGAUUAAAUUAAAACUAAUACAACUAUUAUAAAACGAUUACUAUGAAAGUUAAUGCUACUUACAUUAUAUUAAAUGACCAUGGGCUUUUGGAGUUAACUUUGUACUAAGCAACAUGCCGGUUCAUUUAAAGCAAUAGAGGCAUCUUUGUCAUAUUGAUGAAUUGUUGAACAAAUGAGUGGUUCCCAGCUCCACUACCACACGCCAGUCUUUUUCUGUCUCUCACUUCUAUUGCCAUCAACAUUACAGGCAGUAAAACAAUCUCCUCCAACAGAGCAAUAAGUCAGUUAUAAAGAGACAGACAGAGGGUAGUGAAGCCUACUGUAAGACGCCAGUAACAGAACCAGAAAAGCCAUAUUGUUGACAGGAUUGUAACGCUCCAGAUUCCAUAGCAUCAAAUUAUGUUAUGUGCGUCUGUCCACGAGAGAUUAGUUUGUGUGUAAAACUAUUGAACACCACACACAAUACCACUGCCAACAAGAAUGUUUUUCGAGAAUAUAUAUAUAUAUUUUUACAUACAUACAUACUGUACAUACAUAC